AUGGCAUUUAUAUCGAUGGGCGUCUUCAAUACCCUUUCAGUCCUCUCAGCUCUGCUGCUCUGCUCUGCCCAUGAUGCAGUCCAUCCAAACGACACUGCCGAGGCGCUCAAGCUCAGCUCGUUGCUGGAGGCGACGCGCGCCAGCACCACCACGGAGAAGGCUCAGAGAAGCACCACGGAAAAGCCCCACAGCAGCAGCACAGCUAAGACCAAGAUCUAUUUGGCCACCAGCGAGGAGGACCAUGACUCAAACUUUCAUAGUAAUCGGCUGCCUGCGCUGACAGAGGACGAAACGAAUGGCUUGAGCCAUGACGCCAAUCCGCUGCACUUCCUCAAGCAGCUGGCCGGCCCAGAGACCGAGACAAGUGCAGCACAGGUGGAGUUGAGCAGGCCACACGAAGAGCCAAGCAAGCCACAGUUGGGGACGAACAAAGCGCAGAGCACCAAGUCAGAGUCCCUUGCCGGCUCACCCAUCUACAUCACCAUACCCAUCUAUAUCAAUACGUCUGGCCAAAGGCCGCUGAGCUUGCUCAUUGGCGAUCAGGAGCUGCCGCUGCAGCGUCGCACGGCGGACCACAAGAAGAUUUCAUCCACCAAGUCGCCCAACUCGUAUUUCAAUCGGCUGCUGGAGCAAGUUGAGCCGCCCAAAAAGCGCACGACCAAUCGACAUCGCAGUCAAAGCCGCAGCAAGAUUCAGGCGCUCAUGGAUUCGGACUUAAAGGGGCAAUGA